AUGAAACUCGAUCCAGCAGUCGUCAAGCUUCUCGGCCUGAACCCUGAGAAGACUAAUGUCUCCUCCGCCGGCGGAGGCGGCUCGAGUUCAGCAUCGACGUUGAAGAUCAUGUCGCAACUUGACGAUGGCACAGGCAAGGCUUUCUUCAUGAAAACUGGAAGCGGGGAAGAGGCAGAGGUCAUGUUUCAAGGCGAAUACGCGUCCCUCAAAGCCAUCUACGGCGCCGUACCCUCUCUAUGUCCUCAAUCCUUUGGUCACGGUCGAUUCGAGUCGCAGCCAUCAACUUCGUUCCUUGUGACCGAUUUCCUUCACCUCACGGGACGAUCGAGCUCCAAGUCGUCGAAAGCGCAAUCGCUGGCAGCCAAGCUCGCAAAGCUACAUACCACGCCCGCGCCCAUACCAGAAGGCUACGACAAGCCCGUAUUUGGGUUCCCAGCGACAACAUGUUGCGGCGACACACCACAAGACAAUAGCUACAAGGAGAGCUGGGCAGACUUCUACGCAGAGAAUCGUCUUAGGUUCAUUGUGCGAUAUGCGGAGCAGAAAGGGAGGAAGGAUGGCGACGUGAAGAAGCUAGUUGAGCAGACCGCGGCCAAGGUCGUACCCCGCUUGAUUGGGGAUGACCAUCUCAACAACGGCAAGGGAAUUACACCAGUCGUUGUACACGGCGACUUAUGGAGCGGCAAUGCAAGCGUAGGCGUCAUUGGUAGCACCAAAGGCGAGCCUGAAGCCGUAGUCUUUGACUCGUCGGCAUGCUACGCGCAUAAUGAGUUUGAACUAGGCAUCAUGAAUAUGUUUGGUGGCUUCGGUGGGAGCUUCCUGAAGGAGUACCAUGAGCUCUGUCCGAAGACGGAGCCGGCCGAAGAAUACGAAGACAGGGUGAAGCUAUAUGAGCUAUACCAUCACCUCAAUCACUAUGCGCUGUUCGGAGGAAAUUAUCGGAGCGGCGCGGUUAGUAUUAUGACUGAUCUUAUUAGGAAGUAUGGUGGUGAAGGAUAG